CAUUGUCAGCGCUAUUGUAUCUAAGCAAUAGCGCUGGGGCAGCUUGGGACGAGAAAUGUUGCACAGCAGAGGGGCAGAACAUUCAAUCGCAUCUUACAGCGCAACAGCGUUAGAGGAGCUGCACGAUUGCUGAGCUCUCCGGGGGACAAGGAGCGUAUUUAUCUUCCCAUAUGAUUGCACAGAGCUGGGAGGAGGUGGCGAUCAUCAGCGAUCACGUCCCCGUAUAAUGAAGCAUGGAUGGAGGUAUAGAGGCUCCUGGAGUCUCCUGGCUGGAGAGAUGGAGCAGGGCUUUUGCGUGUGACCCUAAGGGAGGUAGACGUUUAGUCAAUGGCAGCUGGGAUAAAGCAGUCUCUACUGAGCAGAUCGCUGGAGAUCUGAGGAGGAGAUCCACGCUGACAUGUCCUCUUGUCCAGCAAAGUUGCUCCCGAUCUGCUCGCGUUGGCCAGGAGCUUUGACUUCUUCUAGUCUUCCCGGUGAGUCAAUGGAGCCUGGGUAAUUUACAAACAUCAAUCUUGACAACAGCAUGAUUGCCACAGGAGGUCUUUUAAGGAUCUCUGCUCGGAAACAAGAUCCCCUCCGGCCUAACAGUCAGACUCCAAAACGCAAGAGAAAAACAAAAAAGAAGCGAAAGAGUGAUAUCGUAGUAGUUAAAGGAAAACUUAAACUCUGUUCAAUCUCUGGAUUAAUUGCUCUUUGUGGAAUUUUGGUACUUUUAGUUGGAAUUGCAAUGGCUGUUAUGGGUUACUGGCCAAAAAGUAACUCUGUAUACCAUGGCAGUUUAGGGAAAAUUCAAGCCAAAUAUUUAUCAGGUGACUCAAAUGUAAUCCGUGCUAAUAAAAAUCAAUCCCGGAGCCAUCAAAGCAGUCAUGGAUCCAGACUGGAUGCCUUCAAGUCUAAAGACACAAACGUUACCAGAAGCCUUCAGCAAAAAAAAUCGAAUGGUUUUAUUGCUGGCCUGUUUUCUGGAUACUUGCAUUCAGAUAAUCUUAAAGUAUUUGGUCCACUUAUAAUGGGCAUUGGGAUAUUCCUGUUUAUUUGUGCAAAUGCUGUUCUUCAUGAAAACAGAGACAAGAAAACCAAGAUAAUAAAUUUAAGGGAUCUAUAUUCUACAGUGAUUGAUGUCCAUGGCAUGAAAUGUAAAGAUGGCGCUCCACUAAAUGGAUUUGUGAAUUAUGUGCAAUCUCGAGGUAUGGAUAUGAAAGCUGGGGAAACAUUUGGGGCUGCCAUGCUAGCCAAGAGCUCAUGGCAUUCUGCUCUUGGUGGUCAAAUUGCAUACUCCCCUCCAGAUUUACGUGAAACAAGGACGUCUUCUCCCAAGGUAUAUCACCAGCCACCAGAAUCUCCAAGUUUGGAUGAGGUAGUAUACAGUAUAUAUAGGGAGAGGUCUUCUUCUGUGAUACCCUUUGACAGAUCUUCAGGGAGAGAUGGGGUUAAAGAUCCCCUCUCAGAGUCACCCAAUAUAGGAUGGGGUAUAAGUAGUACAUGUUCCAUUGUUGGUUCUUCCCUUAAUGCAUUUACACUGCCCGUUGUCAAAUUAGAUAGUUGUCUUUUGGAGAAGAAAGAUGAGCAUGGAGCUAAGGAAAAAAGUACCAAAGAAGUAUCCAGCGGGGAGAUUGAAUUGAGUUUGACUAAUUUUAGCCAUGCAGACUUGAACUGUGAAUUUCCCAAAACACAUCGAAAAAUAUUAAGGCGCCAGAGCACAAGCUGCCUGCCCGACUUUAGGAGAUCUAUGUCACCUGGGCCUUUGUCAGAUUUGGGUAGCCAAUCUCUAAGUAGCACAGACCUUGACUGUAGCCUUUUGGUGAAAGCUGCACCAUAUAGUAAAACAAAACCCGUGGUUCAUAUGGAUUCACUCACAUCCGCGCCAUUGAUCAGAAAAGAUUCUCAGAGCUCAGACUCUGACCAUUUAAGCAAUAAGGGCUACAUUCAUCUUGAGGAGGCAGGAACCUCCUUUGAAUCUAUUGAUGACCCAGCCAAUAAAACCCAAGACUGUGAACACCCCAAGGAGACGGACACACAUCAUCCGUUGGAAGGUACCAGCAAAGAACAAAAUGCAGAAACUGUGCAGAAGCAGUACAGUCAUAAAGAAAAACGCUUAAUGCUCUCUAGGUCGCAUGCUAAAGUGGAUGAUGGCUUAGACACCACUGGCAAAUGAGGCACACACAAAAGUUUCUCUCUGAGUCCUUGCUAUCAUGUUCCGAAAAUAUUUUACUACUGGGAACUUGCCAAUAUCCAAAGAUCUGCAGUAUGAACGAAGUUCCCUUAUAUUGAUAACAGCACUGUAUAACUAGAACGCUACUUUAACACCUGAUUGUAAUUCAUAUGUAUAACUCAAACCAAACUGUACAAAUAAACAGCCCAGCGGCAGGUCUUUAAGUUUCAAUAUGAUCUGACAGAUUGUUUUAACAAUAACCGUGCACUUUUUAUUCAGAGCUUCAAUGGAUAUUUUAUUCCCUGCUGGUGGCACGUCAGUACCGGCUUUGGGCUUUGUUACGGCUAUUUAGUUUCUCAUGGGCUUACACAAAUGCUAAGGCAGCCAGACUGCCGUAAAGUUACACACACACACGGAGUAUUUUAUUUUUUUGGAAAGAAAAUAGUGUUUUAAACUUUUAAUAUUUCAAUAAGGACUAACUCAUGGCGUAUUCAGAUAUAUUUAAAGAUGUGACUAAGAGACAGAUUUGGUUUAUAAUAGUGGGACUGUUAGACUUUUUAGAAUGAUUGGGAAGUUCUGUAAUAUAGAUGUUUUCUUGAGUGUUAUGACUAUAUAAUUAUUCAUAGUAUAAAUAAAAAACUAUUUUCAAAAGUAAAUGUUUACAUGUAAUUCAAUAACAUACACCAAAACAUUCAGACUUUUUUUGUUUAACAAAUGUCGCAUUUGGACAUUUGCGUGCAGUUUCAAAAGAAUGCAUUUUUUUAAUGAAACAUACUACUCAAAGGUUGAUCUGUCUCUUUCCUCAAAUCUUAAUUUUUAUAGCUCA